AUGGUCACUGAAUGGUUAUUUUUUUACAAUAAAUUUCAUUUGGUAUUCAUGCCUGUCUCUAUUAUAUGUUUUAUGUCAUAUUUAUUGAUUUUUCCACCAAUAAACUGUGGCUUACUAUCUUGCACAACUGCAGAAAUCUAUAAACUUGUGACCAACUGUUCUCCUCUGGAGAAAACACUAUCCAAUUAUAGAAACUUAAACUCGCCUAAAACAGACGAUAUAAUGAUGAGAAAAAAACUAUGCCUAAAUUUAACGAAUUGCUAUAGCUCUAUAAAAUGUCGAGAAUCAAUUGACAAACUGAAUGAAAAUCAGAUUAAUUGCAACAGAGAUCAAUACAUUUUGGGCGAUGUUCCAUCGUGCAUUAAAUGGUUUUUCGAUCAAAUUUACGUAGUUGAUUAUUACGAUUGUCUCCGUGAGCCUGGUUUCUUAUCGUAUAACCUUACUGCUAGACGAGAAGCGUUCCUCACUGGUGAGCAAUGCGUUUUGAAUGUUUUCAAUCGAAGCCAAGUGUUUGAAUGUGAUCGAGAAUCUGCUCAGUUUAUAACAGAAAAUUAUCAGCAAGUGGUUGACUAUCUAACGAUAGAAUUCACAGAUAAAACAUGUACAGAUGUUCACUCUCACUAUCAGAAACUUCAGUGUGAAAUGAUAAAAGAAGCUUGGGAAACGGAAAAUAAGCUCUUGAAUUUGAGUAAUACAAAUAAAAUAGGCAAAAGUACCAGUGUCAAAAAUUUUGGAAGUGACCUUGCGGAAUGCAUGACUCACUCUUGCCACUAUAAUGAAAAUCAAAUCAAACACCUGAAACUUGAAACUUUGAAGUUUGAAAUUUAUAAUAGCAGCUACUCGACAUGUCUUUUAAAUAUUAAAAACGCGGAAGACUCAAAGUUUCUCAACGAAAAUCAUACAUGUCUGGAAGGCAGUGAACUAGUGGAUAGACUUGAAUGCAGGCAACUGUUAAUUGACAGAAUAUGUGGAGAUGUGAAAAACAAUGGAACAAAAGAUAUUUUCGAAUUUCUGAAUGCCAUUAAUAAUAAUACUUCUGCAAAGCUUGAAUAAAUCUUUCACAAUUAAUUUCAGAACGAAAACUAUGAAUACGUUUUAUUGACUUCAUUCCGUAUUUCGUGAUUUGAAAUGCAAAAUUGCUAAUUUUUAAAUAAAAUUUAUUCUGAUGAU